AUGAUUGAAUAUAUAUUCAAAGGAAUCAUUUUAGGAUAUGCAAUCCAACAUAAUGCGAGUCAAGAAGUCAUUGAUUCUAUCAAAGAAUUUGGUUGUGGAACAACAUAUUCGAAGUUUUUCUUAUUCACAGAUCCAUGGAUUCCAAGAGACAAAUACUAUUCUAUGCCUAAGAUUGUUUAUGAGACGGGUCAAUAUCUUUAUCGAUCAGAUAAAACACCCGAAGAACUCAAUCUCGAAGAGUUACAUGUUGUUGAACAUCCAUGGCAAAAGAAAAAACCAGGUUCAACAAAACAUCCUAAAAGAACGUCGAUCCCACCAUAUAUGAAAUUAUAG